GCAUUUUGUCGUUUGCGGAAACCAAAAAAGAAAAAUAAAAAAAGAAAAAAUUAAGUCAUAUACCUUCUGACUGUGCUUAACAACCUGUUGUUAACCAAUCAAGUGCGCCUUUGUAAACAAUAACAAUAACCUGAAACAUAUUGAUGACACGCGCCGAUUGGAUACGAAAGAAUAAAAAAACUGAUUAUAUUAACACAUUACCAACGUUUGAGGAUUUAUAAACCUGUGCAAGCACGAGUGGCAACAUUUCCGAGAUUCCCAUUUCAAGGAAACGGCAGAUUCCUUUUGGCGUUCAUAUUCAGCUGCUUCUCCUAUCUGCUGAUCGAAAAGUUCAUAAAAAAUCCGUUGGUAUAAAUUUGGAAUCAAGGGAAGAUGCCUAAGUCAUUCCUGUUGCGGCGUCAUCUGAAGCAGGAAUGGAACAACAGAGAGGAUUAUUCCAUUGCUGGAUCUUUGCCACUUGGUCUUUGGCAUCGAUUGGCUCCAAGAGCAGGCUUUCUGGGCUCAUCUCUCCAAGAACAGAGUCCGUCCUCAGAAGAAGCUACGGACGUGAAUGGAAAUCACAAUGAGAAAUACUUUGAAGAGUGCGAUUAUACCAGCGAAUUGGCGCCAAGUCAAAAUCAAAAAGAGAGCAAGGCGAAGAUGAGCAAACAAAAAGAAAUAUCAAGAACAGAGAAGGAGGAAUUUAUCUGUGCAGCAACGAAAGAUAAAACGAGAUCGGGAAAAGGUUCCAAACGGUCUCAACACCGAGGGCUUGAAGAGCCAAGGAGUCUACGAGAAGGUUCUAAAAGAUUGUCUUCUUCGUAUCAAACGGGUCCUGUCAAGCAACCCUAUAAGUGCGAUCAGUGCGGUAAAAUUUUUAAGACGAAGUAUACAUUGACGAUCCACCUAAAGAUGCCAUCCCACACUGGCGCCAAGCCGUUUGUGUGCGCCAUAUGCGGCAAGGGAUUUCGAUUGUCAAGCACACUUUGUCGUCACAAAAUCAUUCACACAUCUGAGAAGCCCCACAAAUGCCACAUCUGCGACAAAGCCUUCAAUCGGUCAUCCACGCUCAAGACUCAUAUUCGCACUCACAGUGAUCUGAAAGAAUUCGUGUGUGAUAUCUGUGGCAAAGGUUUCCAUCAAAAAGGCAAUCUGCGCAACCAUGUUCUUAUACACACAGGAGAGAAGCCGUAUCGCUGCAAUCUCUGCGAAAAAGCCUUUAAUAAGCUAUCCAAUUUGAAGUUCCACAUGCACGUUCAUACGGAUAACGCCCCUUACCGCUGCCGAUAUUGCAAAAUCUGUUUUACACGGCGAUGUGAUCUCAAACUUCACAUCUCAGAGUGCAACCCGCAGCGCUGAAGAAGGAAAAAAAGCAAAAAAAUUCCAAAUCAUUGGCAUUAGGUGACAGUUAAUCGCCAUUAACACGUAAAGCAAAUGGAUGGUUCGCUGAUCAAAUAUUUAUGGCGACGACGCCAGAAAUUUAGAUGAACUUGCCUUCUUAAAACAGAAGAGUACCAAAAAAACAAAGAAAUGGUCCAAGAUCUGCCAAAACUGUUAUCGCAGAUACGAGCCAGUAUUUUAUGACUUGUGGAAUAGCUUGUCAGACAAGAAAUAGACAUAGAAAUUAAAUUUCUAAGCAAUUUUAA